GCUGUCGAUGAUAAUCUAUCGGCUCCGAGGGGCCGCACGACAUCUCCUUCCAUUUAUGGCCUCGUCGAUGUGGUCGAGUCGCGGUGAUUCUGGUGGAGAGGAUCCCCCGCUUGUGGAUCCACAAUCGACUGACUGGACCCAGUCAUCAUCUUCCACAUGCUUAGAGUGGAUAGUGGGGGAGCUGUUGAGAGGUAUGGCGUCGUCAUUGAGCGUGCGAGUUGGGAAGGCCUUGCCCGCUGUGGCAUUGGCGAUUGGGGCCGCGGCCCUGCUUUUCAGGGACGUCGACGAGGCAUUCAAGCUUCUCGAGAAAGGGUGCCCGGACAGUGCUGCGUACUCUUGGAGAUCUAACAUUCCCGUGGUAGACAAGAUGCUUUGCACCCUCGUGAAUUUCUUCUUUCGUGCGCAGAGCUCCGACGACGCCAAAUGGGUGACAGGAUACAUUGCAACACUAGUCGUCUCGCUUUUGGCCUUCAUGGCCGUAGAAGGAUCCAGGAUUAAGUCCGGAUUGUUUUUAUCCGCCACAUGGUUUCAUGGGCUCCUCCUGCAAAUUUUGGGGGUGUCGGUAUCCUUCCCUCUGUUCUGGCUGCCCGCGUACUUCCUCUACGAUGGAGGGAACCGCGAGGUUAGUCAAGUGUGGAAUAAGAAGAUUUCCUUGGCCCGAGUCGCCGCCAUAGGUUUCGCCUUCCUCUUCUUGUGGUUGAACAUCAUCGCGCUCUUCUUUCCGCUCAAGACCGACCAGAAGCAGUUGGCUUGCUUGAUUUUCCUAGUUAUGCCAGCCAUCGUCACCACUUUGUACCUCCCCUUUACGACCUCGCCCGACGCGCCGCAGCAGAAGGGUCACAAGGGGGUGAUCGCUCUGCAUCUCCUCCAAGCCGGACUAGGUCUCACAUGGCACCUGAUUGCUGUCUUGUACGUUCUCCGCGACCCUGAGCUUAUUAGCCGCGUUAUAAAGCUCUUCACCUCGUUCAAAACGGAAGAGUACCCAGUCUAUUUCGUGUUAAUCGACCUAGUCGCGCUUUUCCUGUCUUUCGUUUACCUCACGGCAGUUGAGGACGGCUUUCUCAUUGCCUUGCUAGUGUCUGUGGGAGCUUUUAUUUUUGGGCCGGCAUUCGUUGUCUCAGCGUUUUGCGUCUACCGAGAGCAGUGCAUCUCCAACGCAGUCUCUGUCAUGAGAACCAAGAGGAAAGACUGAAGCCUUGCACAAGUGGACCAGAACUCAUCACCAGAAAGCAAGAGUGGAAGAGGUAACCCACUGCUUGGUAAAGUCGACGAUGAGAUCAGAGUUCGCUUCCUGUGCUGAGAGAGAAGAAUGCUUGUCUUGGGUAGAAUCGAGAGGUAUCUGUCAUCUUCUCAAAGCCAGUGCAAUUUGAUGAUUGCGUUAUUUUUGAGAAGCAUAGGAAGAAGAGCAGUAGAAGACUGGAACUUUUUCUUUGUCCUACAAUUUCCUCUGCAGUUUGAUCACUGUCACCAACAGUGUGCAUCCUGCUACAAUGUCUCCAACAGAUGUGGGUCACUAUCGGAAGAUCUUGAUAGUUCGUCUUUCUCAACACCGCAUCCGUCCGCCAUGACUAAAAACUGCUUUAGUUACCCUUUGGUCGGCUGAACUCAGCAUCUGAUUGUGGGAGAGUACAUUUAUGAUAAUGUCAGGGCAGAAGGGAAUUCCUCAUACUCAUGCCUCCAGUCUCCUGACACAUCAGAUAUGUCAUCCAAUGCGCAGACAACCUUCAGACGAGUCAACUUCGAAAGUUUUCACGUGUUGAUGUCUUUUUUU